AUGAUGUUGCCUCUAUUGCCGACGGUACAUUGCGAUACCCAAGCUAAUUCCUCGUUUACGGGUUCUGCGCUGAAAACAGUCCGGAACGCCGUGUCCACCCCAGAGAAUGAACUAAGGCGUUGGAGGCGGGUAUUUGAUGCUAAUGCGAAGGUGGUGGUUAACGGGGAAAAAUACCUUGACCCAGAAAAUUUUGUCAAUGCCAUUGCACCAAGAGGGGACUUGUCUAAGAUUGGUCGUGCCCAAUUCGCCAUUCUCUUCCGUGUCGCGGACACGUCGAGGCGUGGCCUAGUUUCAUGGGACGACUUCACUGUCUUCGAGACGAUGCUAAAGCGCCCCGAUGCCGAUUACUGGAUAGCCUUUCAAUACUUCGACGUCGAUAACUCCGGGACAAUUUCUUUAGACGAGUUUAAAAAUGUAUUUACUGCCAACGUCAACUCCUCCGCCAUUCCUUUUGAUUUCGAAUGUGAUUGGGUUAAGUUAUAUCUUGGGAAGAAGAAUGGAACCCGUGUCCUUGGAUACAAUGAAUUCACUCAACUGAUGAAGGGUCUCCAAGGCGAACGAGUGCGACAAGCUUUCCAGUACCUAGAUGCGAAUCAAGAUGGCUUCAUCAAGCCAGACCAGUUCAAACAGAUAAUACUAGAAAUUGCUGGACAUAAACUAUCAGAUGCUGUUGUGGAACGCCUACCGACCUUGUGCACGCUUACACCUGGGGGUCGUAUAUCCUAUUCGGAAGUGGUGGCCUUUCAUAAUGUGGUUCGAGAGAUGGAUAUGGUAGAACGUAUCAUUCGAGAAGCUACCGCAAAAUCCAAAGACGGACGUAUAGAUCAAUCUGAUUUUCUGAACCAUGCUUCGAUUAGCUCUCGUUAUUCUUUAUUUACACCCAUGGAGGCAUCUAUUAUCUUCCACUUUGCGGGGAGAGGCAGCGCUGAAAAGCGGCUGGCUUUGGUAGACUUUGCGCAGCUGUUGGACCCUCGUUGGAAGGCUCCUCAUGAAGAGACUGAAGUGAAAUCUGUUUCUGCCCAAAUGUCCUUCUUAAAUGGAUUCCUGCAGUCGGUCUACAACUUCGCUCAAGGAGGUAUCGCAGGUGCAUUUGGAGCAACUAUUGUAUACCCGAUAGAUAUGGGUGUGAUGCAAAAUCAGCGUAGUACCGUUGUCGGCCAAAUGCUUUACAAGAACAGUUUUGACUGUGCGCGUAAAAUUUUCCGAAACGAGGGUUUUAUCGGUUUCUAUCGUGGCCUUGGCCCUCAGCUGAUCGGCGUUGCACCUGAAAAAGCCAUUAAGCUUACUGUCAAUGAUUUCGUACGGCAGCGAGCGAUGGACCCCGAGACUGGUCGAAUCAAGUUGAUAUGGGAGCUCAUCGCUGGGGGUACUGCGGGCGGUUGCCAAGUGGUAUUCACAAAUCCUUUGGAAAUUGUGAAAAUUCGCCUACAAGUGCAAGGCGAGACCGCGCGUGUGGAAGGUGCAGCUCCCAAGGGUGCCGUUCAUAUCGUGCGGCAGCUGGGUAUCCUCGGUCUGUACCGAGGUGCUAGUGCUUGCUUGCUUCGUGACAUUCCGUUCUCCGCUAUAUAUUUCCCCACAUAUUCGCAUCUCAAGAAAGACAUCUUCCACGAAGGGUACAACGGAAAGCAGCUAAGCUUUCUAGAGACUCUCGGUUCGGCUGCGAUCGCUGGAAUGCCAGCAGCCUAUCUCACGACACCUGCUGACGUUGUAAAAACUCGCCUUCAAGUUGAAGCUCGCAAAGGUCAAUCUCAUUACAAGGGACUUGCAGAUGCAUUUGUGAAAAUUUAUCGUGAAGAAGGCUUCAAAGCACUGUUCAAAGGCGGACCUGCACGAGUUGUGAGGAGUAGUCCACAGUUUGGUUUCACUCUGCUUGCGUACGAAUACUUGCACAAGUAUCCAUGGGAGGAGAAACCACCUCAGGUACAAACAGCGCUAACAUCCAGACAAGAUGAUAUAUCAAGAAUCCGCGCCCGGAAUGCGUUGAAGAUUUUGCUGGACGUACACGGUGAUUUCGGUCGUCGUGCUGCGAGAUUUACUCCACCCUUCGUACCUUCUGUUUCAGAGCAGGCAUGA